UUCAGCACCCAUGACGGGUGUCCUGAAGGACCCCUCUCCUAGCUUCUCCAACUUUCUAGACCGGCUUCUCUCUGUUUCCAGCACUCUUUUUAUGUCCAGCCACCACACCAUGGCCUUUCACAUCUCUCACUCUAUUCUCCAAGCUCUCCAAUGGCUUCUGUUUCUGUUGCUUCACGUUACUCCGCUUCUUCAUGGCCUCCCAAGACCAACAACAGUAGAGCCGUUGUCUCAUCUUUCACCAAAAUCCCAUUUGGUAAAAAGACCCAGUACUUCUCUUUAUCUCCGUCCUCCAAUCCCACUUCAAAAAGACGUCGUCUUUCAUUUUCCAUGAAAAAUGAUCAAGAAAACGAACCCAGUUCUUCAUCUUCUUCGGCUGUUGUAAUUUCUGAGAAGCCAAGUGAUGACAGUGAUACCCAGAAGAGUAAAUUGCUAGCGGAAGAAGUUGAAACGGGUAAGGAGAGUGGCUCUGAGCCUGAGGAGAAGGAGAAACAGCAAGAAAUGGAUUGGAAGACAGAUGAGGAGUUCAAGAAGUUCAUGGGAAAUCCCUCUAUCGAAGCCGCAAUAAAGUUGGAGAAGAAGAGGGCAGAUAGGAAGCUCAAGGAUCUUGAUAGGGAAAGUAGUGGUAACCCACUUGUAGGGUUCUUUAAUAAAAUUCUGCGUGAUAGUUUGACUAGAGAGAAGGAGAGGCUGGAGAAAGCUGAAGAAGCCUUCAAGGCAAUUGAUCUUAACAAGUUAAAAAGUUGUUUUGGAUUUGAUUCAUUUUUUCCCACUGAUGUUCGGAGAUUUGGAGAUGGGGGCAUUUUUGUUGGAAAUUUGAGGAGACCAAUUGAAGAGGUCAUGCCCAAAUUGGAGCAAAAACUGUCUGACGCGGCAGGAAGGGAGGUUGUGUUAUGGUUCAUGGAAGAAAACACAAAUGACAUCAGAAAACAGGUCUGUAUGGUGCAACCCAAAGCGGAAAUUGAUCUACAGUUUGAGUCAACCAAGCUGAGCACUCCUUUGGGUUAUGUUAGUGCAGUAGCCUUGUGCGUUGCUACUUUCGGAACAAUAGCUCUGACGAGUGGCUUCUUCCUCAAACCUGAUGCUACAUGGGAUGACUACCUAGCUGAUGUUGUGCCUCUCUUUGGUGGUUUCAUAUCCAUUUUGGGCGUUUCUGAGAUAGCCACUAGAGUGACAGCAGCUCGCCAUGGUGUAAAACUCAGUCCAUCUUUUCUUGUGCCAUCCAAUUGGACAGGGUGUUUGGGAGUGAUGAAUAACUAUGAAUCACUGCUUCCAAAUAAGAAAGCUCUUUUUGACAUUCCAGUUGCACGCACAGCUAGUGCAUAUCUUACAUCCCUGGUGCUUACGGUUUCUGCUUUUGUGGCUGAUGGAAGCUUUAAUGGGGGUGACAAUGCAUUGUAUAUAAGGCCUCAGUUCUUCUAUAACAAUCCCUUGCUUUCUUUUAUCCAAUUUGUUAUUGGUCCUUAUACGGAUGACCUUGGAAAUGUGCUGCCCUAUGCAGUUGAAGGUGUUGGAGUUCCUGUUGAUCCCCUUGCUUUUGCUGGACUUCUAGGCAUGGUGGUGACUUCUCUGAACUUGUUGCCAUGUGGGAGACUUGAAGGAGGCCGCAUUGCGCAAGCCAUGUUUGGAAGAGGCACUGCUACUCUGCUAUCCUUUGCCACAUCACUUUUACUUGGUAUUGGUGGCCUAAGUGGAAGUGUCCUUUGCUUGGCAUGGGGGUUAUUUGCAACUUUCUUCCGGGGUGGAGAAGAAAUGCCUGCAAAAGACGAAAUCACCCCCUUGGGAGAUGACAGGUUUGCUUGGGGUUGUGUUCUUGGCCUCAUCUGCUUCCUCACGCUUUUCCCCAACAGCGGAGGGACAUUCUCCAGCUCAUUCUUCAGUGCACCAUAUUUCAGGGGUGAUUUGUAAAUAGGCCGAUAACUGUAAUCUAUAUUUUGACACUCACUUCUGACUGAUAAAUAAGGUGAAACGCUAAGGGAAACAGUAUAUACUUCCAAGCUAUAAUGCAAGUUAGGUUUGAAUUGUAUAUAUUCAAUGUUUCAUUUCAGUUACCUUAUCCGUUUAUGAA